UUUACAUUCUUUUUUGGCGGAUUUCGUAGAAAACUUAAAUUGUGCGGGAAGAAUCGACUUCCGAAUCCUGUUGGCACGGAUUCUCAGAGCGUGUUUCGCUCUCAGCUGAUACGCAGUACGCAAAAGUGUGGGAAUGCAAUAAAAUUCUCCAAACUGGUGCGCCUUCCGUCCGGUGGUGCUGUUAUGCAAAGUCCCGAUGAAUGCAAUCAUUGCACUGUGCCACUUCUGUGAAGUUCAUGGACCGGGCGCUAUUUUCUGCACGCAAACGUUGCGCGAAACAAACAUCCAGCAGCUGGACAUAAGCUUCGAUAUCGACCGGAAGGGAUGUGCCGCGUGCAACUCAAUCGGCAACAAUAUUGGGCUCGUGAGUCGCGACCCGGAAAGCAAUGCCAACUUUGUCAGCAGCCAGAUACCGGUGCUGGUGGAGACGGUACCGCUCGUUAAGACGGCCGCCUUCCGGAGUCUCAGCUCGGAGGUGAGCUGUACGCCUUCCGAGGGUGGGUUCGUGUUCUUUGGCGAUGCCAAGCAUGGGCACGUGCUCAGUCACGCAUUUCAUUUGGUCGACUCGGAGGCCCGCGGCUUCCAGAAGCGGUUCUCCAUCGUGAUACUGAUGAAGGACAAGAUGUUUCUGCUGAACACACAGCCCUUUCUGGCUGACUGUAUGGGGAAGAUUUCGCGAGAGCUGCAGGAGUAUGCGCGUCUCGUGCACGAGGAAGAUCUACGCCGGCAGGGCCUGGACAGGGCGCAGCGGAUCAACAAAUGCUACGGAAGUGGAUCAACCAGCAAUGCCACGAACAUUACCGCCAAUCGGUCGCUGAUCGAGCUGACGGGAAAGGAGUCAAUUUACGCUUACGUGCAUGCUCAUUUUUCUUUUAUCCUUUGGGCGGGUGCUCGAUAUUUGACGGAAAGCCUUACACUCGGCUGUCCUUCGACGCCGGUGUGGUUGGGAAAGGAAACGGAAGAGGGAUUUGCGAUCGUACAGUCCGACAAGGAGGGUUACCAGAUGCGUCGGCUCGGGCUCGGGGCCGGGGACAAACCCCCCUUCGAUCAGGUGGACGAGCUAACGCGCGCCAAAUACUCGCUGCGGAUGUUUCGAAGCAUUUUAAAGUCCAACUUCCUGUCCGUUUGCUACUGUGCGCUGACGGGCAUACAGAUCGUGAUCCGCGGCACACCGGUGAAGGGUUACUGUUUGGUGGCGAAUUUGAAAAAGUUCCUUCCCGAGGCACUGCACAAGCUGGCGCGGGCACACGCCGAAACGUACACGUCGGCGAACGAGUUUCGCAUCAUCAACCUGAAGCAGGAAGCGAUUGCGCCACACUCGUCGAGCAGCAUUAUGCGCGUAGAUCUGGUCGACGAUCAGGACAAGGACACGGUGGCCGUGUGCGCAUGGGAGGGAGAAUUGCCAAGCAAAUUGCCCAGUCUUCUGCAGAAGAUCAUCAAGGCCAUCGACGAGGAGUUGUUCAACGACCAUGCGUUGGAUAAACAUUUACGGGUAUUGGUGGAGGAGUGGAAAAACAAAGUGGUGUGCAUUCGAAAGGUGAGCUCGAACCAGGACGUGGCCAAAAUUAAAAAGAUAAUGGGCGUUCAGCAGCAGGACCAAGUUCUGAUCAACUAUUGGUAUAACCAUCUUUAAGGGAUCCUUUACACUGUUGGGUGUAAAGCGUAUUGGUAUUAUUAUAAGUGCAGCGUGCCUUACAAUCAGCUUGGCUGAUAAUUACUGUUCGAGACAAUAAAUGAUUUUCCUUGACGAA